UCCUAUAUGGAUGGUGUUAAGAGAUAGAUGGGGAGGUAUUGAAUAGAGUUGAAGGAUGGGACUAAACAUCUCUCACUGGGGCUAUGGAGUCUCCAACAGCCUAUAUAAUCUACAGAUGUAGACAAGAGUGAACCCAAUAAGUAGGCCAUCUGUGCAGUGCAAAAACUUUCCAUGCAUCGCUGUAAUAUUCCUGGCUAUACAUUCAAGCAAUACUGGACUUUUCAAAUUUUAAGAUCAGCUGGAUCUCCUUUAGGAGAAGCCAAAAUAUCCUUUUAACCCCAUCAGGUCAAGUAUAAAUGGCUUUUUUUUCACUAAUUUCACAAUGUAUCAAGGUCACUCUCUUUUUAAUUAGGACAUAUUGUUUAACUAACUUAUAACCCUGAAUCAAUAGUAGCAAGUCUUGUACUGUAUUGGUAGAACUCUUUUUAUUGAUUUUAUCUCGCUGACUGACCAGAAUCUGACACUGGCAGCUGUCUCGACUGUUCAGUUGUACGUAGUGUACUGUCCCUAUUGCAACCCUGGUAACAUUCGGGUCACAGAAGUUCAGGUGAUGCGCAUCAACAGAUGUGGAGGGGGCACAAACAAUUUUUUAAAAGCUAUUUGGUGGCCUCAUCGCGCCUGCAUGACCCGCAGGGAUUUAUAUCACCGGCAGUCUGUCCAUGCUGCUGCUAGGUAAAUGGAAAUGACUCUCCCAUUGAUUUCUCUCAUUGUUUAUAAGUGAAAUCACCGAGGGGAAUGCUUUUAUUUUUGGUAAAACAGGACUACUGAAAGGAACAAGAGUGGAAAAUAUUAAACCAGAUGCUAAUCGAUGGCUUGCUUAUUCAUUCAUUUUGAUAUCUACUUUACAAAUAUGUGAUGCUCCAUAUUCUUGAUAAAUUUACAUCUAUUCGAUGUACAUUUCCUUUUUUCCCCUGAUAAAGACACACCGAUGCCCGCGUAAAGAUGGGGGAUUGGAAUUUCCUCGGGGGGAUAUUGGAGGAGGUGCAUAUCCACUCCACUAUGGUGGGAAAGAUCUGGCUCACCAUCCUAUUCAUCUUCCGCAUGCUGGUGCUGGGUGUGGCGGCCGAGGACGUGUGGAAUGAUGAGCAGGCCGACUUCAUCUGCAACACGGAGCAGCCCGGGUGUCGGAACGUCUGCUACGACCUGGCUUUCCCCAUCUCCCUCAUCCGCUUCUGGGUCCUUCAGGUCAUCUUUGUCUCAUCGCCCUCGCUGGUGUACAUGGGCCAUGCUCUCUACCGCCUCCGAGCCCUGGAGAAGGAGCGGCAGAAAAAGAAGGUCCUGCUGCGUCGCGAGCUGGAGCUGGUGGACGUGGAGAUGGUGGCGGCUCGGAAAACGAUUGAGCGAGAGGUGAGGCAGCUGGAGCAAGGCAAGCUCAACAAGGCUCCGCUGUCGGGGUCCCUGCUGCGCACCUACGUGGCCCACAUCAUUACCCGCUCCGCCGUGGAGGUAGGCUUUAUAACAGGCCAGUACAUCCUCUAUGGCUUCCAGCUCUCCCCUCUCUUCAAGUGCGAGCGUGAGCCUUGCCCCAACGCGGUGGACUGCUUCGUCUCCCGGCCCACAGAGAAGAGUGUCUUCAUGGUCUUUAUGCAAUGCAUCGCUGUAGUCUCCCUCUUCCUAAACAUCUUGGAGAUCAUGCACCUGGGCUAUAAAAAGGUCAAGAAGGGCAUCCUGGACUACUAUCCACACCUGCAGGACGAGCUUGACGACUUCUACUCCAGCAAAACCAAGAAAGACUCUGUGGUGCAUCAGACAUGCAUGGCUUCCUCCGGCUGCAAGCCCACCAUGGCCUCAGCGCCCAGUGGCUACAACCUCCUACUGGAGCGGGCCCAGGACGGUCACACCUACCCAUCCCUUAUCAACCCCUCUGCCUUCCUCCCAGUUCAGGGUGAACUGGCUGGUAAACGGAGCGUGGAAGAACUCAAAGAUGCUGCGCAAAGCCCGACAGAGCACAACUCCAACUCCAAUAACACCAGCAGUGACAGCCGCUCACUGCCCUGCGACUCAGUGACCCCGCCAAAGCAGGAGGAGCCUGAGGAGUCUGCACACCUUCCUCCUCACAGUGAGGAGGAAGAGAAGAGGGGGAGCCCAGACUCUCCCAGGCACACAUCUCAUGCCUCCUCCUGCCCGACAUUGCUAGUAGGCGCCGGAAGGAAAACAUGGAGGGUCAAUGCUCCCUCAAAUUGUUCCACAGUGGUGGAGGGCAAAAGCUCAGACACAGAUUCUUAUGGGGGUGCUAAGGCCAGUGGUGGGUACCGAGACCGGACUGCAUCAAAAUCGGAACCCAAAAUGCGUCCCUCCACCCCAGACUCACUGGAGGACUCAACUUCAGGGUCAGGGCAUAGUCCGAGACCACCCUCUUCCAAUCGCCGGCCAUCAUCGACAAGCAACGCAAGCAGUAGGCGAGCCCCCACAGACUUACAAGUUUGAAUGCUAAGAGUGAAACCUUAUGUUUUGUCCCUCAUCAGACAUGCAAAACUUCUGUUCAAACACAGGGAUCAGAAGAACAUAACGAGUUGUGACAUUGUGCGAACUGCUUCGGAGGUGGAUCUGUUGCAGUAGUCCAGCAAAAUGGAUGGAUGUGUUUUAUAAGAUGUCACCUAUUUGUUUCUGUUUAUUGCUUACUGUACUGUUGAUCUCCUCUACGUGGUAGUUUAUUUUUGUAUUUACCAGCUUCAAAGCCGCCGUCAUACUUUGUGAUGACGUAAGACACAAUCGAUGAAACAUUGGGUGUGGGGAUUUGCCAUUGGCAAUAUUGACCUGCUUUUAAAAGUGUUGUGGAUAAGAGAAAAACAACACUGGAACAGUACAGAUCACACAGCAGUGACAUCGUUGAAUGCUUUCUGUAUGUUUCAGUUCAUUUUAAAACAGCAUUGUUAAGAGAGAAACCAUGAAAAUAUGUCCUAGUGCUAGAACUACGGCUGCGUUUAGACAGGCAGCCCAAUUCUGAAUUUUGUUUCACUAAUUGGUCUUUUGACCAAUCAGAUCAGCUCUGAAAAAGAUCUGAUAUGAAAAGAUCUGAUUGGUCAGAAGACCAAUUGGUGGAAAAAGAUCAGAAUUGGGCUUCCUGUUUAAACACAGCUUAUUGACCACACAAAAUAGAAUAUGUAACCUAAAUAAUGUAUUUGUAUAUUGCAUGAAAGAAGAAUGACCUAAUUUCAUAUUAAUAAAAGCUUAUAUCUAGAUUUUUAUUUUGCAUUAACUAUGUUGCAUAGUAUGAGCACUAUCAUCAUAAAACCAUGUAUGACGGUUACAAUGGCCCUGUUGAUGAACUUUGGUUUCCACCUUCUUUUAGGCACAGCUUUUCUGUUAAGGGUUGUGGGGGGUUUCAGUUUCUUGUGCAUUUCA